AUGAUCAAACGCGAAGAUGAUGAUCCUAAUGAGACGAGAAAUGACGAGGAUGAGGUGGAUAACGGCGAGCGAUCGCUCGACUCUGAGCAGAACAAUGAUGGCGGUUGUUGGGUUGACAUCCCCAUAGAUGCUGGAGAUAUACGAGCGAAUAAUAGGCAUGAAUUGGUGAGUGCUGCAAUUCGUGAUGGAGUGAAAAAUAUCGCAAUUGCUCUCGAUACGGACAAAGACAUUACGGCGCUUGAUGAUGAUGUCGAAAAUCAGAUGGAACAAACGAACAAUUUAUUAGCUGAAACAAAGGUAUACCGUUGA